AUGGCGCGUGCCGCAGUGAUCCCCCCGUCCCCCGCCAACCGAGCUGGGCGAACCUCCACUAAGUCAACAGCUGCAACCGACGCGAAAAAGAAAUUAAUCCGGAAGGCUACACCAACCACACGAGCUGCCACCACACCAACCAACUUCGAUUCAGAUGAUACCGAAGAUGAGUUGGGCUUCGUUGCCGCUAAACCUGCGAAACCUCGAGGUCGUCCCCCUGGCCGCUCAGCCGUCAAACCCAAGGCGACAAUCCGCGGAAAGAAAGCGGCCCCAGAGCCCGUCACCGAAGAACCAAAUGUCAACGAAGCGGACGAGGUUGGGCAGCAAACCGAGGCGCCCAAGAAGCGACCCGGCAGACCACGAAAGAAUCAAACCAUGAUAGAAGCCCCUGUCGGGAAGCAGGAGACUGUGCCUAAACCCAGGGGUCGACCUAGAGCUGGAACACCAGCCAAGCCCUCAGCGACCCGUGGGACAGCGGCAUCCAACAGGAGGACACGGGGUGCAACUGAAGACCCCGAGGAGAAAAAACCGAAUCAGAUUACGAUUGCGACAAACUCUACGACCAUGCGCUCCAAUUUGCUUCGUGGGCCCGCCAAAAAGAAGACAGUCACAUUUCAAGAUACAUCUGACUCCGAAGAGGAAGAGCCGAGUGCCCCUACGCCUCCUGCGGCUGGUCGCAAAAAGGUAGCUACGAAGGCCACGGGCGCUGGAAAAACCGGCCUUAAGGCGACCCCAGUUCGUAAGCCUGCGACAACAGCUGCACGAGGGCGGAAACCGGCUGGACCCAAGAAGGCUGCGACUAAACCACUGUCUCCCAAGAAGACUAAACAGAUGGCCAACACCCUUUCUGCAUACACCAGUUCCGAUGGAGAAGAAGACGAGUUGAAUACUCUCAGGGAUGACAUCAAGAGUCCGGUCAGACUAGUUGUGCAUUCACCUGCCAAGCAUGGGCUGGAAACCACUGGACUUAGCUCCCCUGUACGGAGAAUCAACUUCACUCCUAAGAAGGCUUCCAACUAUGUUGAUGAAAAUGGUGAACCGAAACUACCGACCCCCAAACAAGGAUCAGAAGGUGCCGGCCUCAACUCUCCAGUCCGACGAAUCAACUUUACGCCGAACCGCAGCCAGACUACAGUUGCUGACAAUGACCAUCUUGCUCUUCCUCCUGGAAGGGCCAUCGAUUUCAGUGAUUCAAUUUUCAUGUGUAGCCCCGCUAGACGACCACCACCAACCUCGUCCCCAUUCAAAUUCUCCCUGCGAGAUAGUCAGAGAGGAGGCUCUCUCUUCCGGGACUCAGCAAACCAAACUGGGGCAGCCGACUUCACUCCUGGCCAUGCUUCUCCCCUCAAAAGCUCACCAAAGAAAGGCAACUUGGGUGCUUCUUUCUCACAAUCGCCAUUCAAGAAGUCCACACCAGCAAUUCCAGCUAGGACCCCCUUGUUCCAAAGCCCAGCAAAAAGAAUGGCUUCACCAUUGAAGAGCUCGAUAUUUUCUACUGGUGCCUCAGUAGUUCAGUCUCCUGCUACCAGCGAGCAAGGAACUUUUUCCAAGCCGUUGGAAACUGAGCGAACCACCCCGAAAUAUUCACCGAGGGCGGAAGAGCAGGACCAAAUUGCUGUUGACAGGGAUUCUGAAAUGGUUGAAGACGUAGCUCGGGAUAUCUUUGGCAUUGAGCUGUCUUUCGAGAAGACCCCAUCAGAAUCACCUCUCAAAGCUGAAAAGCUUGGAUCUGAGGCGGUGGAAGAGACAAAUCACGAUGAGGUCGACGCUGUCUCUACCGAAAUCGAUGUUGAAGGAGACUCAGGUUCUGAGGAGGCCGAGAACCCCCAAGACCAGCUCAGUUAUGAGUACGAAGAACCCGAAACUGUUUGCUUCGACGCCAUGGAGGAGGCAGAACUGGAAACCGGAGAUUUGUAUGACGAAGAAAUGCAAGAAGACUCAGGCUCUGAACAGGAUGAAGAUCCUCAAGCGCAGGUUCAAUUUGAGUACGAAGAGGCCGAUACCGUUUGCUUUGAUGCGAUGGAAGAUGCAGAAGUGGAUGCCUAUGAAUCACACAAUGAACAGGUGCAGGUCACAGAAAUUGCCCUGGAGGACGAAAGGUCUCUGCACGAGGAAGAAUCCGCGCCGGAAGACCAGACUGAGGAGGAAGAAAUCGAAGGCCGGAUUGCCCCCGUAUCUCCAGACUCGAUAUCCGAAUCAGCGCAAGCCCCAGAGUUUUCCGAUGAAGCUCCUUCGCCGUCUAAGCUAGUGUCUGAUUUGGCCCACACUGAGGAUGUUGAAAUUUUGGACGUACAAGAAGAAGAGGGUGCGCCUAGCAUCAUCUCCAAUUUCGAUGAGGAGCAACAACUCACUGGCCAGGAGGCUCAGACUGAGGAUACUGAUUACUCUCCAAUCCGACCCUUUGUAUUCGAUUUAUCCAGUCCUGAGCCGAUAUCGCCCUCCGAAGCCAGCGAAGGAAAUGUCGUUGGAAGCCCCCUUCAGAGGAUGUAUGCGACGCCCUCACCAGCGUCGAUGCCCCCGGUCGGUUCAUUUACUCCACCGACCUCGGAUCGCCUGGACAACACAGAGAAUGAUGACCCCACUCCUCACGCCAGGAAUGCCAACGUUGGCAUGCCCUUGGGCGAGAUAAGUGGGCCAUCCCCAAGCGUUCAGGCCGACAGCCCUACGUUAAUGGCGCCCAGUCUCUUCAACACCCCAAGUCUUGCUGAUCACCGCCAAUCACCUCUCGACGCUGGCCUGGGCUUCACACCCCUGGCGCAGAAGUUUGACCGCUGGGAGACUAAUACACCCUCUCAAAGGAGGUCGCUGCGCCCUCGUCGUCGUGGAGUCUUCUCCCUAGUAGGACCUUUGGACCUCACCAAGGCGGAAACACCCGUGCAGCCUGGUGCAGUCUCUUAUCCCGAUCUGUCGAAGAGCCCUUUGGCAAAUUCCCCGUCUCUGUUUGCGGAGUUGCCUCUCCAGCCCCAAAGCGAGGGUACUUGCAUAAGCCCCGAGCAAGAUCAAACACCUCGGCCAUCUUCAAUCUAUGAAGAUGAUGGAUUAAUCCAAUCCCGGAGUAAAGACACAGAAAUAUUUGAAGACCCUGACAUGGACAUCUUAGAAGACGACAAUCAGGAAAAGACUCCACGGAAAGAGCGUAUGCCUGCUACAGAACCCCAGUUCCAGGAGCAGGAGCAUCUGGACGAAGACAAGGAGAACUUCAAUUCUAACAUUCUUCCUGCAACUCCAAUGAAAGUCCAGCCGGAAGCAAUGCGCACUGUCCAUACAGUGUCGAAGGUGCCUUUGAAAGCUGAAGGAGAGGUAUCACCUAUCAAAGUAUCACGGAAGAGAGGCCUGUCACUGUCAAACAUGUCUCCCACUCGUUCAUCCCCCCGAGUUCGAAAGCCCACUUUCAGGCCCCCGGAAGAGAAUGUGCUGCUUCUUUCCCCUACUCGCAGACAUUCGCGGGCGAACAGAACUCCUUCACCAAAACGGCGCUCAAGCACUGCUCGACGCAGCAGUGGCAAACCAGCAGUCAUUACCUCAACAGGUGAACAUGUUGCAACUCAAAGCCCUGCUAAGAAAUCUCGUUCAAGCAUGAGCACUAGCCAGAAAGCUCUGCAUGGCGCAGUUGUGCAUGUGGAUGUCCACACCACCGAGGGCGAGGAUGCCUCUGGUAUCUUUGUCGAGCUAUUGCAGCAGAUGGGGGCUCGAUGUGUCAAGUCUUGGUCUUGGAACCCAGCUUCCAGCCACCCCGAUGUUGAUGGGGCAGAGUUGAAAGAAUCGAGGGUUGGGAUCACCCAUGUUGUGUACAAGGAUGGUGGCCUGCGGACUUUGGAGAAAGUGAAGAAGGCAAGAGGCCUUGUGAAGUGCGUUGGAGUUGGCUGGGUUCUUGAUUGUGAACGUGAAAACCAAUGGCUGGAUGAGACACCCUACGCGGUUGACAGCUCUAUUAUCCCACGUGGAGGCGCUAAGCGUCGCAAAAGCAUGGAGCCUCGUGCCUUGAGCAAUGUCAACGGUACACUCAUACGCAUCCCUGAGUCUCCCGCUCCUUCCGCCAGUGGACGUCGCAGCGGGGCCGACCAGGGCGCCGUCGAUGGUUUCCGCAAGAUUACUCCUCCAACCCACCAGCAAGAAGCGCCGUCAACCCCUACACGGCAAUCUUCGACUGAUGACUACCAAUUCCCCGCCACUCCAGGCUACAACUUUGCCAACCUUGAUGCCAUUGGCAUGUCGCCUGCUACUCCUUACUUCCUCUCCAACCGUUCCAAGCUUGUCCAGCAAUCUUGUCCUCCAAAACAGAGCAACCGCGGCUUGUUCCCUGGCGCUAAGCCCUCCAGCAUCCUUGAAGACGAGGACGAUGAUGAUUCCAGACGCAAGCAACGUUUUCGUAUGGAAGCUGCUCGUCGUAAGAGCCUUGUUCACAAACCGGCUGUCGCUAGCCCGCUUCGUCGGUGA